AUGCCGACUCCGUUCAUGGUGGAUUCCUUCAGCAGAUGGCAGGGGACAAGAUCCCAUGUGAGUUUUGCAGACCUUGGCGCACUUCCUGCAGGUGCCAAGUCAGCAGGAGAGGCCAAGCCAGGAGCAGGCCACGACCCUGGAGGUGUGCAGUCUAUGAACGCACAGAAGCAAAAGGAGGUCUUGGAAAAGGUUAAAGAAGCCGAAAGUACUGCUGGAAUGAGCGUCAACAAGCAAGGCACAAAUGCACUAAUGGGACCGGACGGCUACGACCAGCGCCUUGUGGAUCCGGCGCUGAGAUGGUGCCUACCCGCUAGGCCUGUGCCAGCUGUGGCAGGGCGCAAGGGGAAAAUGGCCUCAAUGUCCAUCAAGGUUCCACUUUGUAGUCGUAGAAUCCCGGACUCCGAGUGCAACUUGGCGAUGAUUGAUGGUGAGCUGAAGGUGGAUGAGGCCAACCUGGACCUCUCUCCACCGGCCUUCACGGGCUGCAAACACCCAAUGCUGAAGGAGGAGCUGAAGCCUGGAGCUGCAAAGAAAGUCAAGGGCUUCCUCUUCAAGUGCAACGCGCCUACGCCGAAUCCGCCUGAGGCGGACAGGGAGGCGAACCCUGGUGAGAUGACCGACCAGCAAGAGGCCGAGGCGGAAGAGAAGGAGGAGGCCGAGAUGGCCAUGGAAGGCAUGGACGCAAUCUGGGCGCUGGCGAUUCCGGCACUGGUCGCCGCACGUGUGCUCCAGGCAGAGAAGGUUCUCCAGCUGAGGCCCAAUCCUCAACGGGCGACCAGGCACCGUUCCGGCGGAGUGUUCUUGUGA